CCAUGACUGGGCAGUAGACUUGACUCGAUUUAUGAGAAGUGUCGCGACUCCAAGACGGGCGCAGUCAACAACACCAAUGUUUGAGGUUUAGUGCUCAUCACAAUCGCAGCGGUCCAAGAUGUCUUCCACAAAAAGAAGCCCUUCAGUCUUGAUGACUGAUUCGCGCGAGCCCGCCCCGGCUCGAGGGGCGCCGCAGAGAGGGCUGGCCACCCCUGUACGACCGAGCACCCGCCUUAUAUCUGUCGACAAUGUGCUGCAAAACUCGUCCGACAUACCCUCAGGCCAACCUAGGGUGCCGCUUGGCAGUCGCCCAACUCGCGCGACGGCUAAGCGCCGCACCAGCCAGGGCGGUGGUCUGCCGACUCUCGCUUCCACACGAACCGGCCAGCAGAUUGUACCCUCUCGGACGACAAAGGUCAGCCAAAAACUCGUGCUACUCCCUGAGGCGCCCGGUGAUAGGGAUGAAGAAGGAGAGAGCGACGACGAAUUAGCGCAGCGUGCGUCCUUGAUGCGAGACGAUGACGAGACCCGACCGCUCAAGGACGAAGAACUAGAUGUGCUGAGGAAGAGAGGCGGCAUCCGUGGGAAGAGCUAUGCAGAGCGCCUGCCAAAGGUGCAGCGGGGAGAGAAGGUGGCUCGCCUGACCGCUUAUUGCACCGCCCAAGCGUACAAGAUGCAGGCGACGGCCGAGUUUCUGAGGACGAAGCACGACGCCAAGACGAAGCUCUACGACGAUUGUCUCUACACGGUAUACCAUCUGCCACUGCUUCCGGGCAUUGACGGGUACCGUCUGAGGAGCCGGCCCGUUUUGAAGACGCCGGGCACGGGCAAGACUGUGUUAGAUCUCGAGAUUGAGCGUAGCGAGCGGAGAGACGAGCACGAGGGCUUCGGAGACGAGUAUUCGUACUUCACCCAAGGGUUGGCUACAAGGCCCAUCACGGCGCCGCUUCUCCAACCGGUCGGCAGAGAUCCCUCUGCACUCCCACAAACAGACGGGAGCUAUGAAACAGAGCACUUGACUGUUAGCCCGAUCAACCGCCUGGUCCCUGACGCGAAGCACUUCGGCGAGAUGUUCGUCUUCUCGUACGGCGUUGUUGUGUUUUGGAAUUUCACGGAGCAUCAAGAGAAGGACCUCCUCGCCGACCUGACCUUUGCGGAGAAUGAGACGGGGGUCCCAUUAGUCACGGGGGCGCUCGACGAGACGGACUUUGAGACGGAGGAGUUUCACUUCGAAUAUAGCGAUGAUAUCAAGCGCCCGCGCGUUUUCAACGACAUGAUCACGCUGCUUCGCCGGUCCGACCACAUGGUAAAGCUGACCAUCAGCCACGCCAUCGCGCAGAGCACCAAGCUCUGCUUCUUCGAAGAGCGCAUGUCCGAGACGAUGCUCGACGUCCAGCACGUACCGAAACGCUUGGCUCUCACGGGCGAUCUUAACAUGAAGCGAGCCGAUAUCCUCAAAAUCCUGGGCCGCCUCUUCAAAAGCCGCGUUGACAUCAACGUUUCCUCCAACGUCCUCGACGUCCCCAACUUCUUCUGGGACUCGGAGCCCACCUUGCACCCCCUCUACGUCGCCAUCCGCGAGUACCUCGAGAUCGACCCGCGCAUCAAGGUCCUCAACGAGCGCUGCCGCGUGUUCCUCGACCUGGCCGACAUCCUGGCGGAUAGCGUCGCCGACGCCAAGAUGAGCAACAUCACCUGGAUCAUCAUCGCCCUCAUCGUCGUCAGCAUCGUCGUCACCAUGUCAGAGGUCCUGCUGCGGUUCGGCAUGCUGUCGAAGGGGAAGAGCGCGCACGGAGGGCUGGGGAACGUUAUUGGCGGGGGGGACAGGGACGGGAACGGUGAAAGCGGCGGCGACGGGGGCGGCAAGGCCGGGCUUGAUCUACGCUGGUUGAGAGAGUCGAAUAUCUCGCUUGAGGAGCUCAGGCUGUGGAGUCGGGCACUCAGUGAGAGGGAGAAGGCCGCGGUUUGUGGCCAGGAAUUUGUGGGCAGGACGUUCGCGGGCGUGUGAGCGCUGCCUCAUGUGCCAGGGACAGGUUGCAUGGGUUUCGGUCAGUUCUCUUCUAGAUUGGUAGCGCAUAGCGAGGCGUCUGCGGGUUUUCAUGUCUCUCUUUCCUCGGUGUCAGCAACGUGCCCCAUCUCGGGGACAAUAUGCGCUUGUUCCCUACCGAUAUCGCUGGGCUAGGGACUCAUCAUUAAUC